ACGGGGAUCAGCCCAGUUUGAUAUACUGCAUUGUUCCCCUCGGGCAAUUGGGUUCGGGUGCUUUCACGCCAUUAUUCAGUCGACCCUCCGCAACGUCCCGCGACCACCGAUACGCACCGGAAACUAGGAAAAUGCUCGACCUCUUCGACUCCCUCAAGGCGCUUCUGCACGAGGAAACCGUCCGCGUCGACAACAUCGUCUUCAGGCUCCAUUCACGGGCGACCGUAAUCCUUCUCUCGGCCUGCGCCAUCCUCGUCACCGCCAAGCAGUACAUCGGCGAACCGAUUUCCUGUAUCACGGAUGGAUCUAUCGACAAGGACUCCGUGAACGCCUACUGCUGGAUCUACAGCACGUUCACUGUUUCACGGCACUUGACCGGAAUCCCGGGAAUCAGCGUGGCCAGUCCUGGUGUAGGCCAAGCACUUGAGAACGACGAAAUUCACCGUCAUCGGUACUACCAAUGGGUAUGCUUCGUCCUCGUGCUCCAGGCCCUGAUGUUCUACACACCCCGAGCCCUCUGGGGUGUCUGGGAACGUGGAACCGUGAGACUCCUCUCCGUAAAUCUCGAUAACCCGUUCUACCGCGACGAAUGGACUAAAGAGAGAAAGAACCAGCUGGUGGAAUAUUUCGCCAUCACGAAUCUGCAUACUCACAACUUCUACGCCUUCAGAUUCCUCACUUGUGAAAUCCUCAACUUCUGCAACGCGAUUGGCCAGAUGUAUCUGCUCGACGUGUUCCUGGAAGGGCAAUUCACUAAAUACGGACCAGCGGUAACGGCGUUCGCGAUUGAAUCGAGACCGUUCCAAAGGGUGGACCCCAUGACGAGGCUUUUCCCGAAAAUGACCAAGUGCACCAUCCACACCUUUGGCGCUUCGGGUUCGCCGCAGACCCGCGACGCUCUUUGCGUUUUGCCUCUGAACGUAGUCAACGAGAAGAUAUUUGUCUUCAUUUGGUUCUGGCUCGUGUUUUUGGCCGCAGUUAGCGGCCUCGCCGUUGUUUACAGAAUGAUAGUCUUCUCUCAGCCAUGGGCUCGCGUUUAUCUGCUGCGAGCAACGGCUCAGCUUAUUCCACGACCUCAGGCUGAAACGAUUGUGCGGGCUUUUGAUAUCGGCGAUUGGUUCCUGUUACACCAACUCAGUCACAAUGUAAACCCGAUCGUUUUCUGGGAGCUUGUAAACGAACUGGCAUCGAAAUUCUCCGGAAAGCUCGCCGAGGAGAAAGUGGGAGGCCUUGAAUUUAUCUGAAUGUAAUAUAUCAAUAAACCGUGGU